AUGAGGACAGCCCCAGAGGUUGAGGUUCAGCAGAGGAGAAAACGUCCCAGACCCCAAAACAGUCCGAACGUCUGGAGGAGGAAUCUGCAGCAGGAGAUGGAAGGGGCUGACAGCCAAGAAUAUGAGGCAGAAAGUGUCACGCCAAGCAGAGCUCAACCCAGAGCAAGGACCGAACAAGCACCCAGUCAGAGGCACCACUCCGGGUCAGGUAUGCCAAAUCCCACCCGAGCAAUAGUUAAGCCUGAUAAUUCCCCCUUCUGUGAUGAGAUACUCUCGGAAAAAAUGGAAAAGAUAAAAAUGCCCACCUGCAAAUAUUCCGGAAAGUCAGACCCAACGAAUCACCUCUCUGCCUUUGGGGGACACAUGAUGCUAUAUACCAACACAGACUCUAUGUGGUGUAAGGUCUUCCCUUCCACUCUAGAGGGGAUAGCACAGAGCUGGUUUGGUAAAAUACCCAAAGGCACCAUAACCUCUUUCCGGCAGUUAGCUAUCUUGUUUCGCACCCAAUAUGUGGCAAACAUUGCCAAAGAAAGGAUGACAGGGGAGCUGAUGUCAGUCAUCCAAGGACCUCAGGAAUCGGAGUACAUAUCCAGAUUUAAUAUGGAGGCAUCGAAUAUACCCAAGUUACAGCAAGAGGUAGCAGUCCUGGCUAUGAUGACUGGUCUGCGGGAUGGAGAAUUCAAGAGCUAUCUGGGCAGAAAGUCAUUCACAACCCUGGCAGAGGUGCUGGGGAAGGCAAAUGAAUUUAUAAAAAGUGAAGAGAUUGGCAGAGCAACCUCACGACGAUAUGUGGCAAGUGAGAACAAUUACGGUAGUCAGAGCAAGAAAGAGCCAUACAAAAAAGAGUACCCAGACAAAAGAGAAAAUCAACAGCCCAGAAAGGAUUGGCACGGGCAGGUCAGAGGAAGAAGUAGUGAGUUUAAAACUGAAAAGCGAGGCAAAUUCAGCGAAUACACUCCUUUGGUUGCAUCCAGAACCCAGAUUUUAGCUAUUAGCAAGGAGGAUGAGAAAUGGCAGAGACCACCGAAAAUGUACAACAAAUACAGGGACACGAAGAAGUACUGUGAUUUUCACAAGGAUCAUGGUCAUCUCAUAGAGGAGUGCACUCACUUGAAAGAUAACAUUGAGGACCUGAUCCGAAGGGGGUACCUGACACAAUUUAAGGCAAAAAGCUCGUAUAGCAGGACCUACGAAAACAGGGAUGAUGAUGGUCGAUUUGAUAACAGAAAGACAGAGCAAAAGCAGAAUAACCCAGCAGAUCAGAAGAGGUCGAAUGAUAUACUGGUCAUAACAGGAGGACCAGUUUACGCUGGUACUACAGCCAGCGGUGCUAAGGCCAGUGUCAGCGAAUUUAAACACCAGGUUAAUUACCAUAACUCAGGAAAAUGGCCUGCCCCUCCGAAAAUCCCACAGUGUACCUUUACGGAAGAUGAUUGUAAGGGCAUAAUUUAUCCCCACGAUGACCCAAUGGUAUUAGCUCUGGAUGUGGCUAACAGAAAAAUCCAUCGAAUCCUGAUAGACGGAGGCAGCUCUGCAAACAUUCUAUUCUGGCCAGCUUUCCAAGAGCUGCAGAUCGAAGAAAAACACGUAAAACCAGUUAACUACCCAGUAAUUGGUUUCAUAGGGGCAACGGUGAUACCAGAAGGAAUAGUCAGCUUAUCUGUCCAAAUUGGGCAGGGGAAAGAUAUCAAGGAUGUCAUGGUUGAUUUCAUGAUAGUGAAAGUACCUGCAGCAUACAACGCCAUUCUGGGCAGACCAUUUAUCCAUGAUGCAGGAGCAGUGGUGUCUACUUAUCACCUCACCAUGAUGUACACAACGAAUGAUAAUAGAUCAGCUAAGGUCAAGGGAAACCAAGAGCAGGCCAAGAGAUGCUACCACACAGCCCUGAAACAACCACCCAGACCCCCACCCCUGGCAGAGGCAGACAUUCCCUUGUCCAGAAAGAGGAAGAGAGCAGAGCGUAAAAAAGACGCACUACUGGACAUGGAAAAUUUUGAGAAUCGUGAAGAAGGACUGUUAGCGCUGGCCCCAACAGAAGAAACAGAGGAGAUAGAACUGGAAGAAGGGGUAGAGGACAGAACAGUCCGAAUUGGCACAGAUAUAGACCUUUCCCUGAGGGUAAAUAUCAUCGAUCUGUUGCGAGAGCACGCAGACAUAUUUGCUUUCUCUGCUGACGAAAUGUCAGGGAUUGAUCCCAGCGUCAUGGUCCACAGGUUGAAUGUUAACAGAGAAGUCAGGCCAGUAAAACAGAAGAAAAGAACUUUUUCGACAGAGAAAAAUGUAGCCAUCCAGGAAGAGAUCAGCAAACUGCUAGCAGCCAAAUUCAUAGAAGAGUGUGACUACCCAGAAUGGUUGGCUAACGUUGUGAUGGUAAAGAAAGCGAAUGGUCAAUGGAGGAUGUGCGUAGACUUUAUUACAGACGCUGGAGUUUACAACUACAGGGCUAUGCCGUUUGGUCUAAAGAACGCAGGGGCCACAUACCAGAAACUGGUAGACAAAAUAUUCGCAGGACAAAAAGGCCGAAACGUGGAAGUGUAUGUAGAUGACUCCAUAGUCAAGAGCAAAAAGGAGGUUGAUCACAUUGGAGAUCUGAAGGAAACCUUUGCAACAUUGAGGCAAUUUGGUAUGAAGUUAAACCCAAAAAAAUGCGUGUUCGGUGUUAAAUCCGGAAAGUUUUUGGGGUUCCUGGUCAGUGAAAGAGGAAUUGAUGCCAAUCCAGAAAAAGUAGAGGCCAUACUCAACCUACCAGAACCGAAAAACAUACGAGACAUCCAGAGGUUGACUGGGAAAAUGGCAGCACUCACCAGGUUCAUCAGCAAGUCCGCGGAUAAGUCCCUCCCAUUUUUCCAGGUGCUAAAGGGAAAUAAAACGUUUAAAUGGGGAGAAGAGCAAGAGAAAGCAUUCAAAGAGGUGAAGAACCAUUUGAAGAGCCUCCCAACCAUAGCCAGACCAGAAGUGGGGGACAUAUUGCAGCUGUACAUCUCUGCCUCCAAGAAAACUGUAGCAGCAGCUCUGGUAGUCGAGAAGAAUAAAAUCCAGCAGCCAGUCUACUUUGUCAGCCACAUCCUCAACCCCGCAGAACAGAGGUACCCCCUGAUUGAAAAAAUGGCCUUUGCAAUCAUGAUAGCUGCCAGGAAAUUGAAACCAUACUUUGAUGCACAUAAAGUGCAAGUGUUAACCAAUCAACCCUUAGAGAAGUCGUUGCAAAGGUUAGAUACUUCUGGUAGACUCCUGAAAUGGGCAGUGGAACUCUCGGAAUAUGACAUCGAGUACAAACCCAGAACCUCCAUAAAAGCACAAGCACUGGAAGACUUCAUAGCAGAGGCAUCGUACGAAGAGGAGGAAGAGCCAUUGGGGACUUGGCAGAUCUCGGUAGACGGCUCCGCUGUAGUCACAGGGUCAGGUGCAGGUAUCAUAAUGGUAUCACCAGAAGGCAACGUUUUUGAAUAUGCUAUAAAAUUCAAAUUCAAAGCUUCAAAUAACGAAGCAGAGUAUGAAGCAGCAAUCGCAGGAAUCCAGAUGUGCAAAGCAGCAGAUGCUAAGAAAAUAGUGCUCAAAACCGAUUCGCAGCUGGUGGCCAGCCAAUAUAGAGGCGAAUAUGAAGCCAGAGAACCGUCUAUGCAGAGGUACUUGGCCUUGAUGAAAGAAGCAGUAGCCCAGCUAGAGAGCUUUGAGAUUCAACUGGUUCCCAGGGCAGAGAACAACCAAGCAGACGCCUUAUCCAAAUUAGCAAGUUCGACGUUACAGAACUUGGAAAGAACAGUAAUGGUAGAGGUCCAGGAAGAAAAGAGCAUCGACAAAAAGCCUGCAGUUAACUUCAUUGACACUGAGCCACAGUGGUAUGACAGUAUAGUCUCAUACAAGCUGGGAAGGGGCCUUCCCACGGCAGAGCAAGAGCAGAAAAAAGUAAUACGAAACGAGCAUUGGUUCGUCAUUUACCAGGGUAAACUGUACAAGAAAUCAUUUUCCUUGCCUCUGCUAAGAUGUGUGUCAACAGAGGAGUCGCAACGAGUCAUUGAGGAAAUACACGAGGGAAUAUGUGGAAAUCACAUAGGUGGCAGGACAUUAGCCGUGAAAGCUCUCAGAGCAGGAUACUAUUGGCCAACCAUGGUAAGUGACUCUCAAGCAUAUGUUAAAAAGUGCGACAAGUGCCAGAAAUUCGCCCCAGUGAUCAACCAGCCCUCUAAUGACUUACAGCCAAUCAUCAACCCUAUACCAUUCGCCCAGUGGGGAAUGGAUAUCCUGGGGCCAUUCACAGCAGCGAACGGAGGAAGAAAAUUUCUGAUCGUGGCAGUUGACUAUUUUACUAAGUGGAUUGAGGCAGAGCCCACUAAAAGCAUAACAGCCAAGCGGAUGAAGGACUUCAUCUGGAGGAACAUUGUGACAAGGUUCGGCAUCCCAGAAAGUUUAGUCUUCGAUCAUGGAACACAGUUCGACUGCACUCCUAUAAAGGAUUACUGCGCUGAACUACGAAUAAAAUUCGCAUACGCAUCCGUAUGCCAUCCCCAGAGCAAUGGUCAGGCAGAGGCAGCAAAUAAGCAAAUCCUGGGAGCACUGACCACUGAAAAAGAAGCAACAGGGGAAAGUCCUUACAAACUAGCUUUUGGGGCUGAGGCGGUCCUGCCUGUCGAAGUGGGUCUACCUAGAUUUAGAGUGCAAUACUAUGAGGAAGGCACUAAUGAGCAGCGUAUGAGGGAAGCAUUAGAUCUCUUACCAGAGGUCAGACUGCAAGCAGAGCUCAGGUUGGCAGCAAACAAAGAAAAAAUGAGCAGGGCAUAUAACAAGAGGGUAAAGCACAGACCUAUGCAAGUGGGGGGUCUGGUCCUCAGAAGAACAGCUGCCACUGGAAAGGGAAAGGCAGAAGGAAAAUUCACUGCCAACUGGGAAGGACCUUACCAGAUCACAAAAGAGGUAGCCCUAGGCUCGUACCAUCUAAUGACGAUGGAAGGAAGAGAAUUGAAGAACAGCUGGAAUGCCAACAUGCUAAAGAAAUACUAUGUAUAG